AUGUCUGAUAUUCGUCGUGAUCGUGAAAAAUCUUUCACACCAUUAAAAUCUUCAACAAUUGUUUUACGUGAAAAUAGUAAAGAUGAUAAUGAAAAUUAUCAUCCAAAGAGAGUAAAUUUAACAAGAUCAAAUGAUUAUUCAAAUUCACAACGAACAUCGAACUUGGAUGCAAAAGUUUAUGUUGGAAAUAUUCCAACGGAUAAUAUAACUGAUAGUGAAUUACUUAAUUUUUUUAAAACAUUUGGCAAAGUUUCAGAUAUUCGAGUUUAUAAAGAUUAUUUAUUUGUACAAUAUGAUCGGAUAGAAGAUGCUCGAACAUUAACUAAAGAAGGACAAACAAACUUAAUCCUCAGAGGAAAUAAGCUUGAUGUUUUACCAGCGAUGGAUACAAGCUCAAAAAAUAGAAAAUUAUCGUUGACUGAAAGAUCUUCUCAAGAAUAUAAAACUUUUGAGGAAGAAUCAUCAAGAAAAUCUCGUCGACAUUCUGAUUAUGAUCGACAAGCAUCAAAUUAUGAACCGCCAAGAAAACGAUAUUCUUCAAAAAAUCAUUUGGAUGAUCAUCAUCAGCAAAAAUCUAUUUUGAACAAUAAUAAUAAUUCAAAUACUUAUCGAGAUUCAAAUGAAAUUACAAUGGGUGAUGAUCGUCGUAUAUAUUUAUCUUCAUCGAGAUGCUCAAAUCGUGUAAACCGAUCAACAAAUAAUAAUUCUAUGGAUUGUUUCACUCGUCAUGAUCAAUCAUGUUAUAGAAUUCUUCAAGGACCUGAAAAUUCAAGACAAUUAUUAGAUUGCCAAAUAAUUAUUGUUAAUCCUCGUCAAAGGAAUUAUGCUGAAGAAAUAUCUUCUCGUCUUGUUGGUCAUGGUCUUGUAACAUCGAUAAUACUUCUUCGAGAAGAUUUUACAUUAACUCAAGCUAUUGAAAAUGCUACACAUGAACAAUGUCUUUAUGGAAUAAUUGCAAUGCCAAUGCAUGAAGAACGACGUACAGCAUCUUUUCAUAUUCUCCAUGGACAAACAGAAGAACAUCGUAAUUUAACAUUAGAAGAUGGUUAUCAUAUUGUUUUAACAAAUUUUACUUUUUAUAAAGAACGUAUUCGAAAUGAUCCAAUAAAUUCUUAUAAUAAUGAAAAUCUUCCAUCAAUUGUUUAUUCUGAAUCAAAAGAAAAUUUACAUAAAGAAAAUUCCAAUUCAUAUAUUGAUUCAACAUUAUCUAUUGGUGAUAGAUUACCAUUAUCAAUGUUAUUAUGUCUUUUAGCUGAUGGACGACAAUUAACAUUAGAUGAAAUUGAUCGUAUACUUGUUUAUUUACUUGAAAAAAAAGCCAAAAUGUUGACAUUACCUCCAGGAACAUUACCACCGCUACCUAUUCAAUAUGCAAAUAUUAAAACAAAUAAUCAAACAGGCGAUGGUCAAUCAAUAUUACCAUCUGAUUUAUCUUCAACUAUUGCUGAACAGAUUCGUCAAAUUCUUUCAACAAAUAUAAUAAAAUCUUCGUGUUUUAAUUCUAAAGAAGAAUUUGAUAUUGAAAAUCGACCAAUAAAAAAUCCUGUUGAUUCUUUAUCAAAUACAAUUAAAAUUGAAGAUAAAAAUCUUUCAAAAUCAAAUGUUAAUUUGAAUGACGAAAGAAAAGAUUUAAAUGAUUAUCAACAAAGAUUUCAAUGUCAAAUACAAUCAUCAGGACAUCAAAUUCUAUCAGAAGAAAAUCAAAAUUCAUUAUCAUAUUCUUAUUCAAAAUCAAAUCAAAAUUGUCCAUCUCUCGUUUCAUCUGGGUUUAAUUAUUCAUCGUCACUAUCAUCAUCGAUACCAACAAAUCAAAAUUCAUUUAUUACAUCAAACUAUUCUUUAUAUGACACAUAUGAUAAAAAUUUACUAAUUAAAUCUCCAUUAAAACAAACAACAACACAAGUAACUAAAUCUGAUAUUGUUGGUAAAUCAUCUGAAUAUUCAUAUCCGUCAACGUCAAUGAUAAAUCAAAAUCUUUAUCAAACAAUGCCAAAUUCAGCAGCAGCAGCUGAUGCAGCAGCUGCUAUUUUUCAAGCAUAUUCGCAAUUAAACAGUCGAACAACAACAAUGCCUUCCAUGAUUAAUCAACAAACAAAUUUUCAACAACAAAACCGAAAGUAA